AUGAAAUGGCCAGCCUUCUGGUCUUCACAAGAAGCACAACAACAUGUCAAUAACCUCUCCAGCCAAGCAAAGGACUCCGCUACCAAAGUCGCCAACGCGUCUCACGAUGCUGUCGAAGAGCUGAAAGAAACAGCCUCGCAACACCAACAUGGCCACUCGCGCUUCACGACCACGCAAACGGUAGGGGCUUGUAUACUCACAACAGCCGCGACCUUGGGCCUCCUACGUCUCUACAAAACCCACCUCCGCCGCAUCCCCUCAAUCGACUACCUCAAACCCGAAGCCCUGCGAAAGAGAAGUCUAUACGGCUAUGUCACAAGCGUAGGAGAUGGGGACAACUUCCACCUCUUCCACACUCCCGGAGGGCGACUAGCAGGCUGGCGUCUCUUCAGAACCGUUUCCAGCGAUCGGAAAGCUCUACAGAAAAAGACCCUACACGUGCGAAUCGCAGGCGUAGACGCGCCUGAACUCGCGCAUUUCGGUCGUCCUGCACAGCCCUACGGACAAGAAGCACUAGAUUGGCUGAGAGGGCAAGUCUUACACAAAUACGUCAGAGUCUUUCCGUGGAGGAAAGAUCAGUAUGAUCGUGUCGUGUGUAGUGUCUACCGGCGCAGAUUUGGGAUCUUCAAAGCGGAUGUAGGAAUGGAUAUGCUCAAGGCGGGAAUGGCAACGGUAUACGAGGCGAAAUUCGGGAGUGAAUUUGGAAACAAGGAGCAAGAAUAUAGGGAUGCGGAGGAACAGGCUAAGAAGAGGAAAGUGGGGAUGUGGAAAGAACCGGGCUUGGUGGACAAGAUGUUUGGGAGUGGGAAUGCGAGGCAGAAGAAGACUACGGAGAGCCCGAGGGAGUUUAAGAAUAGGAUGAAGAAGAUGGAAGAGGAAACGGGAAAGUGA